UUGUUUGUUUUUCCUUUUCCAAAAGCUCAAAAAUGACGAAGGUCGCCGAUAAUCUCAAUCCUCACGUAUACGAGAAGGGUUCAGAGCGUCAGAUAACGUCUACAGACCACGACGAGGACGUCGUUGACGAGAUAGAUGAGCGGGAAAUCUUCGAUAUCAUACGCAACAUCAACGACCCUGAACAUCCGUUGACGCUGGAAGACCUGAGGGUGUUGGAGGAGAAGAAUAUUACUGUGAAUAAUAAGGAAAACACUGUGCAUGUUAAUUUCACGCCCACGAUACCGCACUGCAGUAUGGCUACACUCAUAGGCCUAUCAAUCCGAGUCCAGCUUCUCCGAGCACUCCCAAGCCGGUUCAAAGUGACGGUAACCGUCACAGAGGGUACACAUGCUUCCGAACAUGCGGUGAACAAGCAGUUAGCGGACAAGGAGCGUGUCGCUGCUGCUCUGGAGAACAAUAAUCUUGUGCAGAUUAUUAAUCAGUGUGUAUCACCGUUGUCAUUAUAGAUUUAAGAUCACAGGUCUACCAUUUU